CCCCCCUCCUCUCUCCCUUCUGAGGGUGGGGGGGAUUGAGGUGGCCCCGCCCCCUGGCGUGACGUCAGGGCCGUCCCGCGCUGGUCCGCUGUGAGGGAGCAGCCGAGGAGGGCGGAGCGGGAGCGAGGGAGGCGCGGGCGGGCAGUCUGCCUGGACGCGGCAUUCGGCGGCUCGGCGGCGGCGGCUGAGGAGGCUUCGUGAGGGGGACAGGAAGAACUUUGCAUCCUUCAUGAACUACGAAAACCCUCCACCUUAUCCCGGCCAGGGACCUAGUGCUCCAUACCCACCAUAUACCCAACAGCCAGGCGGACCCCCUGGUCCUGGCCCUUACCCUGGCUACCCUCCAGGGCCUGCCGGUCCGUAUCCCGCACCUCAGCCAGGGUACCAAGGAUAUCCACAAUAUGGGUGGCCGAAUAAUCCUCCCCCUCCCGGACCCGUCUAUGCAGAUGGACCUAAAAACACAGUGUAUGUAGUGGAGGAGCGGCGGAGGGAUGACACCGGCGAAAGUGCCUGCUUGACGGCGUGCUGGACUGCGCUUUGCUGCUGCUGCCUUUGGGAUAUGCUGACCUGAGUGCCCGAGAAGCCCGGCCUCUCGAUACCUCUCAUGCGGAGUGCUAUGCAUUCUUCCUGAUCUUUCCUCUGAUUCAACAGCUUGUUAGUACUGUAAUAAAAUGAUCUGCUUUGCACAGGUGACAUCAGCACACGUCCACCCUAGAGGUAGCACCGCACCGGUGGGUGGGUGGGUGGGGUACACCCCUUUUCACUUUAGCGGAAGAAGCCCCCCCACCUUUAUAGAGUGUAUUUCUGUUGUCCUUUGAGGAAUGUGCUAAACGUCUCUUUUUGUUUUGUUUUGCAAACAGCUUUUCUUACAAAUUGUGUAUUUAUAAUCAGAGAUGACAAAAUAUGCAAUAAUUUAAAGCCAAUCAUUUUUUUCUUACCAGCUUCCACUUCUGUUUUCAAUGAACUUAGUCCAAUAAAGUUACAAACCAAGUAA